GGCGAAAUGAACUUCCGCUUGCCGUAAGUGGGUGAAAGGUGAACGAAAACUUCAACCUGCGAGUCCGUCCUGAGUUGCCCCUUCUCCGUUGUGUUUGUAUAAUAUCUUGUUUUGUUCCCCUCCUCUGAGUGGUCGUCAUGCUUCCAAACAGCGGGAAGUUAGCGGGCCGCACGCUGUUCAUCACGGGCGCCAGCCGCGGCAUCGGCAAGGCCAUCGCCCUGAAAGCGGCCAGAGACGGCGCCAACGUGGUCAUCGCCGCCAAGACGGCGGAACCUCACCCCAAACUCCCCGGCACCAUCUACAGCGCCGCGCAGGAGGUGGAGGAUCUCGGCGGGAAAGCGUUGCCGUGCGUCGUCGACAUCCGAGACGAGAAGCAAGUGGAAGACGCCGUUCGGAAAGCUGUCGACAAGUUUGGAGGCAUCGACAUCUUGGUGAACAACGCCAGCGCCAUCAACCUGACGGGGACGCUGGAAACGCCCAUGAAGAAGGUGGACCUCAUGCUGGGAAUCAACCUGAGGGGAACCUACCUCACGUCCAAGUCGGUGAUCCCGCACCUGCUGAAGAGUUCGUCCCCUCACAUCCUCAACCUGUCCCCGCCCCUCAACCUCAACCCCGUCUGGUUCAAGAACCACACAGCGUACACCGUGGCCAAGUACGGCAUGUCCAUGUGCGUCCUGGGGAUGGCGGAAGAGUUCAGGGGUCAAAUCGCCGUCAACGCCCUCUGGCCGAGAACCGCCAUCCAGACGGCGGCCAUGGACAUGCUGGGCGGCGAGGGCGUGGCCAAGCAGUGUCGUACGCCGGACGUCGUGGCGGACGCCGCCUACGUGGUGCUGUCGCGGCCCAGAACCUUCACGGGUCACUUCCUGGUGGACGAGGACGUCCUGCGGGAGCACGGGGUCCGGGACAUGGAUGGCUACGCCGUCCGGCCGGGUCAUCCGCUUCUGCCGGACUUCUUCCUGGACGAAGCCCCCGAGGCGCUGGCCCGGCAGAUGGAGGAACACGGGGCGACGCCCGCCUUCAAGCCGCCGCCCUCGUCGGCCGCGCCCGCUUCCGGCGACCCGAUAGAAAGCACCUUCCGGGUGAUCCGGGGCGUCCUCAGCGAAGACCUGGUCAAGUCCACCAAGGCGCUCUACCAGUUUGACCUCUCCGGAGAACACGCCGGCGUUUGGUUCCUGGACUUGAAGAGCGGCUCGGGCGGCGCGGGGCGGGGACGACCGGACGCCGAGCCCGACGUGGUCAUGACCAUGGACUCGGCCGACUUCGGCAAAAUGUUUGCGGGCAAGCUGAAGCCGACGACGGCGUUCAUCUCGGGGAAGCUCCGCAUCAAGGGCGACGUGGCGCUCGCCAUCAAGCUGGAGAAGAUGAUGGCGAGCGCGUCCAAGCUGUGAUGUCGUCGCAUCAAUAAACAACUCUGAAAUA